UGACCCCUGAAGAUGGUUCGCUAUUCGCUAGACCCGGAAAACCCCACGAAAUCAUGCAAAUCAAGGGGCUCCAACCUCCGCGUUCACUUCAAGGACACCUUUGGAUUUACCAUGAAAACCAAUCAAUUCUGAGCAGCCGCCCUCUGGGUGUCGGUCAUGAGUGUGUCGUGACUGUCUUGAUGUUGACACCAACACGCGUGAAACUGCCCAGGCCAUCAAGGGCAUGCACAUUCGAAAGGCCACCAAGUACCUGAAGGACGUCACUCUGAAGAAGCAGUGCGUGCCAUUCCGCCGCUACAACGGUGGCGUUGGUAGGUGUGCCCAGGCAAAACAGUGGGGCUGGACACAGGGUCGGUGGCCCAAAAAGAGUGCUGAAUUUUUGCUGCACAUGCUUAAAAAUGCCGAGAGCAAUGCUGAACUUAAGGGUUUAGAUGUAGACUCUCUGGUCAUUGAGCACAUUCAGGUGAACAAAGCUCCCAAGAUGCGGCGUAGAACCUACAGAGCUCAUGGGCGGAUUAACCCAUACAUGAGCUCUCCCUGCCACAUUGAGAUGAUCCUCACUGCAAAGGAGCAGAUUGUUCCUAAACCAGAAGAGGAGGUUGCACAGAAGAAAAAGAUAUCUCAGAAGAAACUGAAGAAACAAAAACUUAUGGCCCGGGAGUAAAUUCAGCAUAAAAUAAAUCUAAGUAAAAAAGUAAAAGCAGAAUGUUGGUUGUCUUUAUUACUAAAUAUAUUUCAAGUGAUAAAACAAGUUUUCUGAUUAGAACUUAAAAAUAGAUUAUUCUGUUCUGUCAUUAAUUUGGGUCAUAAACAUGCUGUUUUGAAA